AACUCAGGUGGAGAUUGUGCUGAUGUUUUUGGUCAUAGACAACGUUCAAAUCAGUCGUCAUUUGAGGAGAGGGUUGGCUGCGCAGGUGCCUGCUAUUCAGGAGUCCUGGGGUUGUUGUCAAUUUCAUCAGUGACUAGAUGAAGGGAGCAGGCCGUCUACAUGGUUACAGAAUGAUGCAUGGGAGGCAGAAUAGAAUAACUAUGUUUCACUCGGGACUUGGUCUUUUAUCUUCAGAAAAGAAGUGUUUUCUUGCAAUAACGAGAUGAUCUCGUUAUCACGAGAAAACAUAAAAAAUAAUUAGUGGGAUAGGCCAUUUUUGGCACUGGAAUUUAACAAGUUCCUCACCUGUGAUCAUUUGAGUGAUUGGAAAACCUGAAUUUAAUUAUCUGGACAUACGAGUGAAUAUUUUUGACAUAACCUACAUAUGUAUGGGACGGGCUCAUAAAGCUAUGAAACAAGCCCCUUCUCUGACCCUCAUGCUUACAUAUGAAAAGCGCGCGUUGAAUCUGUCGACGCCUGGUGGCGAUACAAGGGAACUGCAGCUGGAGCAGGCGGUGGAGGAACACGGAGCUCAGAGCGCACCACCUCCUGUUGCUGCACCUCACUGUGGGAUCCGCUGUCGACCUUUCAGACCACACUCAUGAACGCCGAAGCCGUUCCCACAUAUCUGCCCGCUAUGCGCGACCAGGACGGCGGGGAGAAGCUCCCAACACGGCGGCGUCUGCUCUGAGUCCGGACGCCAGAACCGUGGGCUCGUCGGUCCGGGGAUUUCUGUUCUUUUUCUUUUUUUUUCUUCUUUCUUUCCCGCCCCCCACCCCUCAAAAACACAACUUGUGAGAGAAGUCGCUCUGUGCUGCCGCUGCUGCUCCUGGAGCGAGGGAGGUCCGCUCGGAGCUCCGAGCGGAGAAAGUUUGGGAGGAGAGCAACAGAGGUUUCCGGGGGACAUGCAGCCGGCGGAGGAAUGAGAGCAGCAGCGAGCCACCGGCGGUCCUUCCAGCGGUUCUGCUGCUGCGGGGUCGGGCUGCUCUCCGUCAUCUGGCUCACCCAGGUCAUCCGGGCACCAGGGACCGAGUCUUCGGGGCUCCAGCCAGCCAUAAAUGAUGGGCUGCUGCGGUGGACACGCAGGUUGAUGCAAGAGAAGUCAGACAACCAGAGCCUCGAUGAGCCCCGAGCAGCCAUCCAUGAGUUUCCAGAAGACAUCUUUACCAAGGAGCAGAGGAAGCACGGGGCUGUUCUUCUGCAUGCUCUCUGUGCCAUCUACAUGUUUUAUGCUCUGGCCAUUGUCUGUGACGACUACUUUGUUCCAUCGCUGGAGAAAAUAUCAGAGAACCUGCAGCUCAGCGAGGAUGUAGCCGGGGCGACAUUCAUGGCUGCGGGAAGCUCCGCCCCUGAGCUCUUCACCUCUCUUAUUGGUGUCUUCAUCACUAAAGGUGACGUCGGUGUCGGCACCAUCGUGGGCUCGGCUGUCUUCAACAUCUUGGUUAUUAUUGGGCUGUGUGGGAUCUUUGCAGGCCAGACAGUGGCUCUCACAUGGUGGUCUCUGUUCAGAGACUCCACAUACUACAUCCUGUCUGUGCUGGCACUCAUCUUGGUUAUCUAUGAUGACACAGUUGCCUGGUGGGAGUCCUUGCUCCUCAUUACCAUGUAUGGAAUCUACAUUAUAAUCAUGAAGUUCAACUCUCAGAUUUCGGUGUUUGUGACACAUCAGUUCCAAAGCCACUGGCAGUGCUGCAGUAGACCUGAGGAACAACACGACAACAAGAUGGUAGAAGAUCCGGCUUGUAACACGUCGAUGGUCCUUCUUAACAAAGAGCAAAGUCACGGUCAGGAGCCUCCGCCUGUCCUCAUGGUGGAUGAGCUCCUCAUCAUCAACCCCCACAAACUGUCCUUUUCUGAGGCUGGCCUGCGCAUCAUGAUCACCCCACACUUCUCGCCCCGCACCAGGCUCUCCAUGGCGGGAAGAAUGCUCAUCAGUGAAAGACAGCGACUGAUCAAAGGUUCGAAGCACCAACGCGACGGGGAGGCGGCGCACGGAUCCAGAGGGGAGUCGACCAGCAACAGCCUGAAGAGGACCGGCUCCUGCAGUCUGGAAAACGGAGGCGGGAGGCCCCGCAUACAAGACACUGAAUCUGUAGAAAAGCCAGGGGUUGAUGCGUGCCGGACAGAGGAGGAAGAGGAGGAUGACGAUGGUAUUUUUAAUCCAGUGCGUAUACCAGGGGGCUGUGGUGCACGGGUGAAGUGGGUCAUCACCUGGCCUCUGAGCCUCCUGCUCUACUGCACUGUGCCAAACUGUAUUCUGCCGCGGUGGCACCGCUGGUUCAUGGUCACCUUCCUGGCCUCCACUCUGUGGAUUGCUGUCUUCUCCUACCUCAUGGUGUGGAUGGUCACCAUCAUUAGCUACACACUAGACAUCCCAGACUACAUCAUGGGCAUAACCUUCCUGGCAGCAGGGACCAGUGUUCCUGACUGCAUGGCCAGUCUGAUUGUAGCUCGACAAGGUAUGGGGGACAUGGCUGUAUCAAACUCUAUAGGCAGCAAUAUCUUUGACAUCCUGCUGGGUCUGGGCUUUCCCUGGACUUUACGUACCCUCCUGGUGGACCACGGAUCCACAGUCUCUAUAAAUAAUAAAGGUCUUGUAUAUUCUGUCAUCCUGCUGCUGGCAUCAGUCUUUCUGACUGUGAUCAGCGUUCAUUUGAACCACUGGAGGCUGGACCGCCGGCUGGGUCUGGGUUUAUUGUUUCUAUACGCCAUCUUUCUCCUCUGCUCUAUCCUCUUUGGGAACAUGUAAGGCUUUGAGGUCAAACGUUCACCUUAUCUGAGAAGUUAUACACUUUCUUACAUGAAAAAAACAAAAGUCUACCAAGAGGCAAUUUUUGCACUCUACUGUGCUGUAGGAAUAACAAUGGUGACCAUGUUCAGCUUAGACAAACACGAUUUAGCAAUUUUCUGUCCUUUGUACAGUGCCGUGUUUGAUAGAACUCUGUAGUUAAUGUGAUAAUUUAGCUUCAGAAUUAAUGACAUGGUUGGAGGAAGCAGCAGUAUUACAGGUUUUACAAGAAAACAAAGAUUAAUGAAAUUUUCUGCAAAUCUUUUUGAAAAAAUUCUGUUAAGCAGCAAAUAUUUUGACAAUACUUAUAAAACAUACCUGAGUCCAGUUGCACAGAAAUGAGUCUUCUGUCUUAGAUUCUGCUUUUUGAACGUAUUUGUUUUCCCGCCAAAAACCUAAAAGCUAGCUUAUCAUGCUACUAUUUUUUUAAAAAACAUAUCUAAAGUCCCUAUAUUUAAAUAUAUUAAUAAAUGCCAUGUAGCCUUUAUUUCAAAGCAAUAGGCUGAUGAAAGUGUAGGUUCUAAGAUUUUAACGGCUGCGGUCCAAAAUGCUGCUAUGACUGAGCAAAUAAUUUAGGCUUCUAAGCUAGCUCAACAUCACUGAAAGCACAAGUCUGUUUUUAGAAGAGUAGCUGUUAGUGUCUUCCUGUUCUCUGUUUCUGCUAGUAUUUUAUUAUCUAGAGGCACUUAUAAAACUGUUGGAGCGGGUUUAUCGCGCUUGUGAUUUAUAGCGUGUUAAAUGAAACUGUUUAAUGAGAAUGUUGGCUAACAAUAGCAUCAAUAAACCUGUUGCUAAUGGCGCCGACACAAAACAAAGGCUAUGUCCGAAUUCCUUCUCUACUUACUAACUACUAAAAAACUAUAUAGUGCACGACUACAUAUUCCUCUGGAUUUUAAAAGCAUUUCAAACUCCAUGUUCACUCCUUUUUUAUUUUCUUUUUUUUAAACGGCAAGUAUAACAUUAGUAAAAAACGAAUCAUUACGAGCAUUUUAUGAAGUCUAUUUGUAAAUACACUGCGUUCUGAAGAUGAAAAUGUUGAUAGUUUAUUUUUAAAAUAUAUAUAAAUAUAUAUGCAUUUUCUUUUUUGCAAAAAUUGUUCAAACGUAAUGUUUUGUGGUACAUAUAUCCAAAUCUAGUGAGUAUCGACGCACACUGGUUUUUCGCAGAGACUUCUGAGAAAUUUCUAGUGCGCCCAAUUUUGGAAUUGUAGAUUCAAACAGCACUACAAAAUAGCACACAAACUAUAUAGUGCACUAAGUAGUGAAGGAAUUCGGACAUAGCCAAAGAGUCUCUGAACACGUACCAGGAGGUCACAUGCGUGAACUAAAAGGAUUGAGAAAAAUCUUAUUUGGAACUUUUUACACAUCCUAAAACUUUUUUAAAAUGAUCUUGCAGUAGAUACGUGCAAUAUUUGCAAUUGCGUUUUUGACUAAAUGAAGGGAAGCAUUUAAGAUGCAUCUCAUCCAGUUCAUAUUUCAAAACUUCAUUGAAGAAAAUUCAAAGUUCACAGUCCAAGUUGUCCCAGUUAAAUGUCUUUUAUUUUGUUUCUUGAUGCUAUGAAAUACUUUAUUUUCUUUCUUUUUUUCAAAUAUUCACCAUGAAUUUAAAAAUCAGAUAUUUUUCAUUGUCUUUAGUACUUUUAAAAGUGAAACACCACAUAAAGCAGGUUCACUUUCUUUAUGUGAGAAUCUGAAUUUCAAAAUAAGGUUGUGUUCACUUCUACCUAUUUGUAAUUUUUUAGCCUCUUAUGACAUUUUAAGUUCCAGUGUCUACCUAUGUAUGGCUACAAAUAUGUGCUAAUAAAGGGGUGCAUGCACAUGUAGACAUUUUUAAAUGUUGAGUUUUACAAAAAUAAUUCCCUUUCAUACAUGUGGCCUACUGUGUGUGUCAGAGACUUUUUAGAGUGGAACUAGACAUUAUUUGAGGAAGGAAAAAAAAUGUUUUAAUUUGCCUAACUACUAAAGAAUGACUGUAUUUUUAGAAGUCUUUUUACUAUGAAAUUUAAUAUAUUCUGUAUUUAUGAGUGUCACAAACUUUGAUGAUUUAGACUACAGGAUCGUGGUAUACGUCAUGUUUAGGUACGACAAUCGAUAUUUGCAAUUUGUCUUGCAUGGUUUGCGAUUUUUUUUAAAAAAUUAUUUAAUGUUGAAGUUGAGCAAUCACUGAUCAGGACGAAAAAAAAUGAAUAUUUGCAGCUUUAGCUUGUUUUCUGGCAAAUAAUGUUUCAUUUUUCACCAGCAGAACCGCCUGUUCUGUCAUUACUGAGAAAAAAAACCUUGACUACAAUGUUUGUUUAUAGAGGAGGCGUCAGUAUUGUUACUUUUGAUUACGUGAGUUUCUAUUUUUUCCAGAUUUGUUGUAAAAAAAUUUCUCUGUGUGAUGUUUUUUUACUGUUUGUAAAUUGUUGAAUAACUUAGUUUUACAAGGAACUGACCAACUUGCUUUGAUAUGUUCAAAAAGAAACAUCUUGUAAGCUUAUUUGUGAAUUAUUGCAACUAAAUUAAUACAUAUUUCUAUGUACAUUCGGUGGGCUGUAAAGACUUUCAAGUCGCUUCAGAUUUUCUCUUGUGUUGUUCACUGAUGAACCACUUUCAUGCAGAAUAGUAAUUGAAAGAACAUAUUUUUUUUACUGGAUAACUGUUUAGCAACUGUUUUUAAAUUAAGAGCUUUUAUUAAUCUAGUAAUUUAAACGAUGUUGGAAAUAGAACCACUUAGCACUAAGUAUUAAAAUUCAUGGUCCUCCUUCAAAUCUGACGUGUAAUGGUACGGUGUUUUUGGAGCCUUACCUGAGGCACAAAUUGUCUUUUCCGAUCUUCCUCACAUCCGUCCAUGUUUUCCCGGCAGAUGACUCACCAGUGUACGAUACCGAUGUGUCCUUUCACUGUCAGGAGGCUGUCAUUUGCUCCUGAUCCAGAUCAGUAAUAAAAAAAUAAAUAAACUAAGUGAAGCGUUCUGCGGUUUAUUAUUCUUACAGAAAAAUUAGAGCUGAACGUGAUUCUCCAAAGAAUGUCAUGUUUAUUCUGCUGUGAUGUUGGAGGUAGAUCUUAGAGUCCAAUUUACUGCUUUAGAGAUUGUAUUGGAUCAUAGAAGACUGUUGUUAUCUUGGGUGCAAUAAAAAGUGCAAUAACA